UAACCAGCCAUAAUGAGUGAGGUGGGUCCAAGAAGGCCCCCCCAGGACCAGUCCUCGGGGAGUGGGCACACAGUGACCACAUCACGUCACCCCUAUAUCACAGAACCCAUCGCCUCCAAGCACGUCUGCUUCUACAAGAGCGGGGACCCUCAGUUCAGUGGCCUGCGCAUGGCCAUCAACAGCCGCACCUUUAAGACCUUCGAUGCCCUCCUGGACAGCCUCUCCAAGAAGGUCCCGCUGCCGUUCGGUGUGAGGAACAUCACCACCCCGCGGGGUGUCCAUGCGGUGCACACACUAGAUGAACUGGAGGAUGGGAAGGCCUACAUCUGCUCAGACCAGCGGAAGGUCAAACCCAUCAACAUGGCAGCAGCCAGUAAGAAGCUUCCGCCCUGGUACCAUGCCAGGCCCAUGAGCGCCCGCCGUCGGGCCUUUCAACUGGCCAAACAGAACCCUGGCAGGCCCAUGCGCAAAAAAAAACCUGUGACUGUGCGCACACCUAAGAGGCUAAUGGUGUUUCGGAAUGGGGACCCAAGUGUCAAGCACAAUAUGAUGCUACAGAAGAGGACCACACCCACCUUUGAGGCGCUGCUGGAUUACGUGUCCGAGUUGAUGCACUUUCCUGUGGUCAAACUACACACACCGGAUGGAAGAAGGGUGGAUGGGCUCCCUGCUCUGAUUCUAUGCUCUGGAAUUGUAGUAGCUGCCGGUCGGGAGGCCUUUAAGUCUGGAAACUACAAGACACAGAGAUCUUCUGCUCCAACAUGGCUUCCAGCCAGACGAAUGGCAUCUAAAAGACUAAAACAACCGGCACCCCGGAAAAAGAAGUCCGUGUCCAGCAGCAAAUCACAUCUUUUCUCCUCAUCGUCAGAGAGAUACUUUGUGAAUCAGAUACACCACUCCGUUGCAGGAAGUCAGUGUGACCUCCCCAGUAACAACACGGGAUCUGUGGUGUUGGAGGCUGGCCAUUUUCUGGAGUCAGUUGCUGAAACGGACGCCGACACCUACAACGGACAUGAAGGGGCAGACAACUGUAUGCCCGGUGAUGAUGACAUUGAGAAGUCCUUUCGGGUGAACCAGGAUGGCAGCAUGACGGUGGAGAUGAAGGUACGACUGACCAUCAAGGAGGAGGAGACCAUCCACUGGACCACCACCCUGACCAGGUCCAGUGUGGCCAGCCAGCUCAGUGUGGCUGAGUCUGAGCUGGAGAUCAGAUCUCCUGAGUCCAAUGCCCUACCACCAACACAACCCAACACCAUGGGCACCAUCAAUGGGUACAAUGCUAAAAAGGAUGAUCAUGAUGAUGAGGAUGAUAUGUCUCCGGAGGCCAGUGGACUUACCAGUGUGGAAGGAGAUGAUGAGGAUAAUUCUAAAAUACAUGUCAGUGAGGUCUCUCUCAAGAGGGCUCCUACCCCAGGACCCAGGAGAUCCAGACAGAAGCAGGCCUCAUUGGAAAACAUCAACACACCAUCAGGAGAUGAGAUUCAGGAGAACAUUGUGGGAUCAUACUCCUACAGAGAGACAACUAAGAAUGGAGAGGUCAAAGAGGAGUACUGCAUGGUCAGACAAUGCAGCAGCAGGCCAGUCCCUAAACCAAGGAGAGUUGGCUCUAUGGAUAUCAACAAUUACAAUAAGACUCAAUCCACUUUUAAAUCAGGGGCGGCUGAGAUCUUACAGAUCCAAAAUGGCGAGGAGGAAGUCAGAGAAAGUGUAAUGCAGAUAUACGAGCAGCAGACCUGUCAGGACAAUUUCCUUGCUAACAGCCAGUACAGUGUCCAGGGUGUGUCCACGUAUGGUCUGAUGUAUGGGAGACCAGCCACCUCGGAAACAGCCCGCUUCUCCUCUAGUAAUGACUUAGAGAUGGAGCUGGAAAGACUCUCUACAGCCUCAGAGUCAAUCAGCGUGCGGAGGGCUGACCAGUCUCUGUCAUCUGACUUCACCAUACCCACAUUUAAGGCUGGAGGAUCUGUCCUAAGAAACAGGGUACUAAAUGUCCAUAAAACCAGUCUCUCCAAGCCCACCAAAGACAACGAGACCCCAAAGUUGGUCUCUGAAGCAAGCAAAGAAAAUUCCACCACUAAAGCUGUAAAGAAAGUAAAGAAAAGGUUCUCUAAGCCCAAGUUGAGAAAGUACCAGGUUCGUAAGAGUACAACACCAGACAAAAGACGUAAAGAGAGUAGUGCAAAUAGUCCUGAAAACAAUAAAAGAGUGAAAACUGGGGGGUUUAGCCGCAAUGCAUCGAUAAGGAAAAUUUAUGGACCAAAACCUGCCAGAAGUCUAAUGAAAAAUAAACUAAAAGGAAAGGAAAUCAAAUUAAAUAUUGAAAACCCAAAGGAAUUGUCAGUGAAAGAACUAAAUGUUAGUGAAAAUGGAAAUGGAACAUCAGUUUCAGUAAAGAAGAAAUUAUUGCACGUUUCAUUUCCUACGGAGGCCCAGGGGAAGGGAACACUGAAAAGGCAGAGGUCCGUGCACGAGGAGAGAAGGAUUGCGAAAGAGUGUCAUGAUUUGUCACUGCCUGCACUCCUUUCGUCCUCUUCUAAUAUCAAUGAAUAUGUUGAGAACUGGCUAGAGAAAGCCCUCCCAACUGUGUACCCAGACCCAGUGGAGGAAACUCAAAAUGUGGAGACACCAACAAUGUCUCAGGUAGAAACUGAGGGGGACAUUGUUCCAGAUGUGUCAGAAAUCAAUUGUGAAAUGGACAUUGAAGAAGAUGAGUCUUGUUUUUUGAAAGAAAAAACACAAAUACCAAGUAGUCCAUCUUUGGUAACAGCAGCAUUUCCAAAUAGAACAUUUGAAAAUAUAGCAACACAGACAAACCUGACUAUGGAAAACACAACAUUACCAUGUCCUUCUGACCAAUCAUUGCAAAAUACCCCAUUACACAUUGAUACUAUACAGGAAAGGAUGCCCACUAAUCCCUCAGCUGAAAAUCCACCUCUCUCCAAUGGCUUCUCUGUCUUUCCUCCUGCAAUAAUCUCGGUAGAAAAGCCAUCACCCUCUGACAGUCCUUCGUUGGAACAAACAUCAAUGCCCAUCAAGAUCUCAGUAGAGAAGCUACCAAUCCCAAAUUAUCUGUCAUUGGAAAAUAUAUCAGUACCAAAUAGCUCCUUAAAAGAGAAGAUCCCAGUCUCAAACUGUCUCUCGCCUGAGAAGACACCACUGCCUGCUAAAACACAAACAGAGAAGACACCACUGCCUGCUAAAACACAAACAGAGAAGACACCACUGCCUGCUAAAACACAAACAGAGAAGACACCACUGCCUGCUAAAACACAAACAGAGAAGACACCAUUGUCCAACAAAGUCUCAGAUGGGUCUUCAGUAGCUAGCAGUCCCUCAUAUUUAAUGUGUUCAUCACCUAGUAGUUUAGGUGAUGAAGAACAACCCUUAUCAAGCAGUCCUUCAUCAGACGAGGCUCCGUCAACGACUGGCCAUGCAUUUGAAAAGACAUUGUUCAACCACUCCACUCUGAAAGAACCACCAUCGCCUAAACUCGCAACAAAAAAGGCACGAUUGCUCAGUAAUCUCUCCCUGGAAAGGCAACUAUCAUUCAGGAAAGCCUCAGCUGAAAAGUCUUCAAUAUCCAGUGAUCCUACUGUGGAAAAGGUGUUGGUGGAUAAGGCACCAAUCUCCAAUGGUCUCUCAUCUGACAAGACAUCACAUCCUGCUAAAACCUUAAUAUCCAACAAUGUCUUAAAUGAGGCUUCAUUAGCUAGUAGUCCCUCAUGUUUCAUCUCGACAUCACCUACUAAUCGCACAUCAGAUGAAAGAGCCUUAUCAAUCUCCCCCCCAUCAGAGGAGGCUCUAUCACCCACUGGCCAUGUAUUGGAAAAAACAACAUUGUUCAACCACUCCACUCUGAGAGAAACAUCAUCACCUAAACUCCCAACGAAGAAGACACGAUUGAUCAGUAAUGUCUCCCUAGAAAAGCAACUAUCACUCAGAAGAUUGUCAGUGGAUAAGUCUUCAUUGUCCAAUAAUCCUACUUUGGAGAAGGCCCAGUUAUCAAAUCCUGUUCAAAUCACAGCAGACAAAACACAACUACCGAACAGCCACUCAUUGGAAGAGACAUCGCCACCAAAUAAGUCUUCAUUACCCAGUGACUCCACUUCAGAAAAUACCCAAUUAUCUAGCAGUCCUCAACAAGGAAGGACACCACUACCAAGACAUAUCUCUUUGAAAACACAAUUGCCCAACAAUUUUUCACCUGAAAGAACAAAUUUACCCACUCUUAUGACGAGGAAUAAGUCAGCUCCCAGUAAUCUCUCUUCAGAAAAGAUACCAGUACCUAGUAAUCGCACAUUGAAAAAUAGACUGUCACCAUAUUCUCAGACUUUAGAAAUAGUGUCACCACCUACGAGACUCAAGGCAAAAAAAAAGCCAGUAUCUAGAAAUCACUCACUGGCAAUCGAACCGUCCCCAGUAAGUCCCACCUUGAAAAGGUCACCUCUACCAAGGAAAAGCAGCCAAACGCCAUUAUCGCCUAAGUCAACGCCAGUACAUCUCAAUUCCUCCAUGAAGAAGACACCAACACCUCCCAGUCCCGCUUUGGUGAAUCACGAAGAGACAAAUUGUGAUGAUAACCUGAGCAAUUCGGAUCAGGGAGACAGUACAAAAGUAACAGCAGAGGAGCCUCUAACAAAAGCACAGAUACCAUCAUACAGAGAACAACUACCUCCCCAGCCAGACAUGAAACCUGUGCUAGAGAAGCUCUGUUUCUCAAUUCGGUCAAUUAGACAAAUCACACACAACAAUCGUCCAUCUUGUCUUGAAAAGUCAAACAGCUUACCUGAUUUCUCCUCCCAUGUGGCCUCUACAUUUGGGUCAUCCUCCAAAGCUCUCCUGGCAUUCUUAUCUGUUAUUACCUUAAAGGAAAGCUUCACUAACUGGAACAUACCUGAAUUGAAUGCAAACAGUGUAAGCUGUGCUGAGGCUUUGAAAAUGAUAGAGUCUCUGAGAGAAAUUGCCAACAUAGAGGAUGCAGAGGAGUUGAAAGCUAGCCUGUCAGAUGUACAAAAGUCUACUUCCUCACAACUGCUGCAAAGUUGGAAGGGCUUCCAGGAACUCAAUGACAAAGUCAGAAGUCGCAGCUCAGCGCUGAACAGUUCAGAGCAUGAUCUCUUGUUUGAGACAUGCCCAGUGGAGGACUACAACAUUAAAGAAAAAGCACUGGAUAUCGAUGAGCUAAUAAAUGAGCUUGAUGUGCCAGAAAAGGUUAAGGAAGCAUUGGCAGCCCUUUCAACAGGUGUGAGCAUGAGCAUGGAUGGGAAUGAAAUAAACAUUUAUAAAAAAGCUAAUGAAAAAGUGGAGUCAUCCCCAGAGGGAAGGGUAAAUGCCAAUUCAACCGCAGUCCCUAAGGAAGAGGCUGAAAAAGAUCAUGUGCUUAAUAAAGAGGCUACUGUUGAUGUUAAAUCCAUCAUUAAAACAUUUACAAAUAUUCACCAUCCCAAAGAGGUGGCUGAAAAUACAGUGUCACCAAUCCCAGAGAGCCCAAGCAGUAGGCAAGAGCAGUACUUCUCCUCAAAAGAACACAGCUUUAAAGAGGAUUAUAUUUGCCACAGAAACAGACAGUCAGCAAAUAAGGAAGGUGCUGAACUUGAGCAGGACAACUGGGAAGAAGAGGAGGCUAAAUGUACAUACAAACAGGUUAACCAUGAUGAAGAACAGACAUCCUCAGAGAUAGAGCAAGCUUACAGUUUAGUAUUGCAUGAUGGCUAUUUGGACAAGCCAGCCUGUUCUGUGGAGGCUAGAGAGAAGGAUGGGGACAUACAAGCAGGCUAUGUGGAGGAGGAAGAAAGCUUGAAGAAAGAGCAAGAAUACUACAUUGAGAACCCACCAAGUCAUGUGGGGCAGGAGGUUACAUCUAUGGAGCUGCAGGUCAGCUGUAAGGAAAGCGUAGAAAAAGACCAGGCUAGCUCAGAGGAAGAACAGAAAUGUCAUGUUGAGGACCAAAUUAGCCAUGUGGAGUCAGAAAGUAAAUGUGUGGAGGAGGAAUGGUUGAAGGAAGAGCAACAAUGUCACAUAGAUGAUCAGCCAAGCUAUUGUGGGCUGCAGGUUAGCCGUGAGGAAAGAGAGUCCACCCCUGAGGAGCAGGCUAGCUCAGAGGAAGAAUGUGAGUGUCACAUAGGCCAAAACCAUGAUGACCCAGAGGUCAAAUGCUUGGACCUGCAGGAUAGCAGUGAGAACGGAAAGUCCACCCCUAAAGAAGACCAGGCUAGCUCAGAUGAAGAGCUGGAACGUCAUGUUGCGAGCAAACCAACCCAUGAAGAGCCUGAGGUUAAAUGUACAGAUGUAAAGGUUAGCAGUGAGGAAAACAUGUCUAGUCUUGAAGAAGAGCAGGCUAGCUUAGAGGAAGAGCUCGAAUGUCACAUUGAGAACCAACCAAGUCACGAAGAGAAAGGGGUUAAAUGUAUAGAGAUGCAGGUUAGUAGAGAGGAAAGAGAGUAUACCCCUGAAGACGACCGGGCUAGCUUAGACGAGGAAGAGGAAAACCGUGCAGACAACCUUCCCAAUGCAAAUGCACACAUUAACGUGAAGGAUGAGCAGACUCACUUAUGGAUGAAGCAGACUACUGAAAAGGAAAUAGUGUCCACUGUCAUUGAAAUGAAGCCUAGCUUGGUCAAACAGCAUUCUAGCGAUGACAGGAUGGAUAAGGACAGCGGAAAGGAUAGUGAGCAGCAUGUUAGCUUUGAACAACAGUCUGAUACUGUAGAAGAAGCCAACGUUGAGGAUAAUCGGCGCGGCACAGAGAAGAAGCAAGUACGCUGUGAAGAGAAGCUGCCUAGCUCUGAGGCAGAACAUGUUGGCGUAAAGGAUGAGCCAUAUACAGAGGAUGAGAGUUAUGCAGAGUAUGAGGAAAGCUUCGUAGAGAAACAGCCGUUUGAGGAGGAUACGAAUUACGAAACGACUGAGGCAAAAACAACCAACCGUUUUGAGGAACCAUUACCAUCUGUAGCAGAGCGAGUAAAACUACUGGAUAAGAAGAUUGCUGAUGUAGAGCAAAGGAAAAGCAUUACAUUAGAGACAACUGGCAUCAAACCGUUUGCCCACAUUAAGGUUCCCGCUUUCUCAGAUGGCAAUGAUUUAACAAGCGUAUCCCAUCUUUCUAAUGAACAAGCCGAGCUUGUGGAGGAAGCAUCUGAGAUGCAAACAACCAAUUAUGUUGUUAAGGAUGUCAAAGAGAAAGACAAAGCUCCUGUGCAUACUUGUAAAAGGACAACGUGGCCUAUAAAUACAUCAGAAACUGUAGUCAUGUCCCCCCCAGCUCCACAAUCCUCCUCGCUAGCAUUUAGCUAUGAUGGCUGUAUAACUAGAGAGCCUGAGGGAAAUAGGGUCAAGCAAAUAAAGGAAAUGUUUAUGGCAAAAAGCGUUGUGGACAUUCAGUAUGGACAAACAAGACUAACCAGCCCAAACAGCUCAGAUCUGUCUGACAACAGACCAGGGACUUCUGACGGUAGUCAUCGAUCACUGACGUCAACUGAGAUGUCCAGUGGUGAGGAGGAUUCUGUGAAGAAAUCCAUCACUAAAGGCUUUGUCAGGAGAACUAUUGAAAGGCUUUAUGGGAAGAAAGAUACAAAUGAAAAAGUCCUUGCCAGUGAAAGUCAGCCAAUAUCUGUCCCAAGACCAAAGUCCAGAGAAUUUCCUGGUAAGAUCAGCCUUUCCCCAUUCCAUAAUGCACGGACCAAAGUAAUGUUGGACUUAUCAUACUUCAAUGCCACAAGCUCUUUUGACACAUACAGUGAGCCAACGCGGUGUAUCGCCUUCAAUACACAGGUCGGGCCUGGAGACUGUGUCCCGAUAGAAGAAAACAGUUGGCUCCUCAGAGAGAGCGUGAUCAGAAAGUCUGUCUCAGAGCCUAUUAAUAUUUACAAGAACACAUCUGCGUUAACGGAAGAUGAGUGCAAAGAUGCAAAAGAAGAUGUUCCAUACUCCCUUUUCGGCCACACCGAUCGGGAGGACAUGGUGAAGACUGUGAAGCCUUUUGUGGCAAAGUGCACCUAUUUCAACCUGCCUCAUGGCUGUGACUCAGACCCGUACCAGGAUGACCUAAGUUCUGUCAGCAAGGGCAGUGCCAUGGGUGACGUCUCGAAGGACAGUAAAGACAAUGCAGAGGAACCCAAGUUGUGGGCUGAGAAGAAUGGAACCCUGCCAGAUUUUUCCCCUACUGACUUCAAGAUGCCAGAUAAUAAAGUGCACCCUCUGAUUGAAGGCCCGGGAGGUGGAAAGGUUGUGGUGGUCCAGCCUGGCAAAUGUCAGUCUGGCAAAGGUCAGACAGAUGUCAAGAAAAUUCCACAGGAGCCAGAUGCACUAGAGAUGCUCUACUUCUCCUGUGGCCAGCACUGCCCCAUCCUUUGACUGUGACACUUAAAUAUGGGCUCUCUGCUAAAGUCAGCUCAUUACGGAGGGCAUUCAAGGUACAAAGAGAUGUCGUAUAUUUCUUUAAGAUGGAUAAGACUCAGUGUGUCCUGUGGGAUAAAGUUAUUAAUGAAUACUUUGUGCCUGAACAUUAACGUUGCCACUAUGAUGGCUUAUACUGCAUGAUAUCAUAACACAUUGUAAUGGAUUGUUAAGAAAAUAUACAUUUUACAAUAACUUAGGUGGAAUAGACAACACUAAUGGGUGAAACUUAUUUCACUAGUUUUUUUCUAUAUCAUGUGAAUUGUACAAUUUUCAAAAAACAUUUUACUCAACAAUCUGUUAUGCCAUGUUCAACUUUUAAUACCUUUUAAAAUAUUCUGUAAAUAUUGCAUCUGUACAUAUUUUUACAAUAACACCUUGACUGUGUAUUUUCUGUGUACUGUGUAUUUUCCACCCUCCAUUGGCACUAGGUAGGUGGGCUGUCCUAAGAAUGAGCAUCCUGUGCAUUACUGUAAUCUUGUUUAAAAUGCUUUAAACAGAUCAGGUCCUCACUGAUGUCACGCAAUGGCAAUCCCCUUCACUCAGAACCUAACAUGCCUCUGGGUCGUACCACAAAAUCAGUGCCUUUUUGCGUCCCUUUGAUAUGUUAAGUAGAAACUGUGCACAAGUAUAGCAUUUAAAAGUCUGCUAUAUUAAAUAAAGUUCCCUUUAAUAUAGACCACAUAGAAAAUUCAAUAAAUCAGAUUUUUUUUUAUAUGAAUAAAGGUUAUUUAUUUAAUGUGAUUAGUGAUUCAUUUUAAGAUUAAAAAAAAACUGUCCCUCUUAAGGUGAGCCCUAUAACGUGAACUCAACUCAAUAUGGUAAACAAUUCCUUUUUAAAAUUUCUAUAUCUUUUUUAAAGAUUUUUUUUUUAAACACUGAACAUCUAAUAUUCAAACUGUGUAAAAGCAGGCGAGCUGGUUCUACCAUUUUGAGCAAUUUGCGGUGGAAAACUGAGCAGUUCUAGCAUAACACAUCAACGCUGUUACCCAUAGAUAGACAGGCUAUAAAUGUUUUAACGAUACAUUUUUUAAAUUGUGAAGCUAGCAUUCAAUUGCCUCCCCCUGUCACAAGGGGAUUUAUGGAUGAUUUAAGAUAAAGCUGUCAACCCUGUUAUGGUGAUUUGUAACAGGGUUUUAACCUCUUGAGAUGGGAAAACACUUUUUUUAUUGAGUUGAACAUGUGCUCUUUAUGACAGACAUUUUCAAUUAGGUGAAACAAAAUGUUUGUUUUGUUUCACCAAGUUACACUACUCAAAAGGCAACGAAUUGGUGGAACGACCCCCCCCCCCCCCCCCCCCCCCGGGUUCAUGGUCAUGCCUGUGCAGUGUGGUCAAAACGGUGCUUGAUCACAAGCUCUAGAAAUGUAUUGUCUGUCAGUAACCCCCUGGUACAUAGCAUUGUAUAGUGUAUUAACUGUACAGUUAAUUUAUUUGUGUAAAUGCAUUUCUCUUGCAUCAUUACAUGAGAGUGAAUUCUUAAAGUAUAGAAUUAAUUCAGAAAGCAUACAUCGCUAGCUUUGCAUUUAUAAACAAUAGCCAUAAGCACAACUUGCAAUAACAAACUUUCAUCACACCACUUCUAUCAUAGAUGUACAUUUCUGGCAGCUGUGAUUUAUUCUAUUGAGUGUUUUCUUUACUGAAUUUCUGUCAUUUAUAAAUAAAAACAAAAGCUAUA